AAGUGUACCCAAGAUACCGAAAAUCCAACGCCUUAUAUACGUCAAAACAGCGACAUAAUUAACAAAUAAUUUUAAUUACUAACACGCCCUUAAUUUGGCACUCAUGCGCAAUUCGUUUUGCUCUCUAAUUAAGACCUGUGAAAUUCAAUUAUAUGAAUUUAGAAUUCGUUUUUAAUAAUGAUUUUCCAUAAACGGGUAUAUAAAGCGUUGGGUUUUCGGUAUCUUGGGUACACUUAGUAGGACAAAAUGGUCUCAGUUACAAGUAUUGUGGUCAUCGUUUGCGCGUUUGCAUUGGGCGCACGCGGACAAAACGCAUGCAGUCCUGCAGAAAUCGGUUCACCGACUGGCUAUCCAGUGCAACUGCAAGAACUUAUCCUGAAACCAUAUGUCCGUGAAUGGACUGUUAAUAUACCCGCAAUACCCCAAUGCGUGAAUGGAGUAUCGGGUGCGCUCGCAGAAGUAUGUGACGGAGAUGUACCUCCUCAGAGCCAGUUCAUCAGCAUAGAUAAACUCUUGAUUCGCCGUGUGGGAAGUGUGCUCACUCCAGCUACUGUCACCGUGACCGUGUUCUGUGUGGUCUAAACCCUGUCCGGUACCCCUAAAGAUCCUAUCUUUCAUCUUCAUAAUUAUGAUUUCUUUCCAUAAAAAAAAUGUUUGCAAAUUCGAUGGUAUCAAUUUUAAAGAUCUUUCAUCUUCAUAAUUAUUAUUUCUUUUCAUAAAAAAAAAUUGUACCUUCGAUGCUACCAAUUUUGUCACCGUGUCCAAUUUCUCACAAAAGGGAGUCGGAAAUCCAUCUGCGGUUGGAGCAAUAGAGUCAGACUCGUACUGACUUAAAGACACCCAUGUUCCUUCUGGAGCCCCUCGUGUUCCAGUCCUGCUAACAAACCCGCAAAUGUCUUUGUUUCUGUGGUAGAAAUACCUAAGGAAUUAUUUAGAUCCAUAGAGGAGUCCUUCUAUCAAUACUUGGUCGUGUAAAAUCAGUCUGUACAAUGUAUUAAAUUUUUCUCAUUAAAUGUGUCUUU